CUGACCUGAUGAAGGAGACGCAUCAGAGCAUGCUAGACGGCAUCUAAGAGGUCCUACCAUCUUAGUAAGAAGGUUUGAAACCAGCAGGAACCAUGAGCACCUUCGGUUAUCAGAAGGAGCUGAAAAAAUACGAAGAGCUGGACGAAGAGGAGCUUCUUGCCACGCUGUCUAGUGAGGAGCUUGAAGAACUGGAAAGGGAGCUGGCAGAACUGGACCCCGAUGACAACGUGCCUAUUGGCCUGCGACAGAAAGACCAGACUGCCAAAAUCCCCACAGGAAACUUUGACCGAGACGCUCUACUCAAGUAUUGGGAAGAAGAGAACCACAGAAUUCUGGAGGAGAAGUUAAGCCCAGAAAAGGAGGAGCAGCAUGAUAAGAGCAGGCACGAGGGGGAGAAGGCAAACAUCAGCAAUGCCGACAAGUCUCCAGAGCACAUCAAGAGCACAGACGACAGGAAGAAGGUCUUGCAGAAGGGGAAGAAGCUCUCAAGUGUGGAGAGCAAGAAGACCACAAAAGAGCAGGAUGCUGAAAAGAAAGACGAGUGCAAGACGGAAGUGCAAGACAAGAAAACCAGACCAGACCAGACCAGUGCAGCUGUCACACCUGACAGAGCAAGUGGGAACCCGAUCAUCAUCGAGGACGCUCUGGAGCAGGUUCUCCGUGACGAUCCACUUAUGAGUGAGGUCAACCUGAACAACAUCGAGGACGUGUCGCAGGAGACGCUGCUCCGCUUUGCGGAGGCCCUCAGCUCAAACACUCACGUCUGUGUUUUCAGUCUGGCCAACACUCACGCUGACGACCGGGUGGCAUUUGCCAUUUCCAAAAUGCUCUGCGAGAACACCUCCAUAAGAAACCUGAACAUCGAGUCCAACUUUGUGACCGGUCAGGGGAUCCUGGCUCUGCUGGCAGCGCUCCAUCACAACAGGACUCUGGUGGAGCUGCGCUUCCACAACCAGAGACACAUCUGUGGUGGGAAGGUGGAGAUGGAGAUGGUCCGGCUGCUGAGAGAAAACACCACUCUGCUCAAGCUGGGCUACCAGUUCGACCUGCCCGGACCAAGGAUGACAGCCACAAGUAUCCUGACUCGAAACCAGGACCAGCAGCGCCAACAGCGGCUCCAACAAAAGAAGGAGCAGACUCCUUCGCUGACAAUAGGCCACACCGCCGAUACAGCCACUGAACGGAAGCUGCCAAAGAAGCCGCCUUUGUCCUCCAAAGCAGCUGAGAACGCCAACAAAAACACAAUAAAGCCCACCCAGAAUCCAUCUGAGCCGCCCACCAGGAAGAUAGCAGAAACAGUAAAGCAACAUGAAGGUCUGAACAGCAUUAAAGGCCAGUGCAACCAGAGGAAACCAAAAUCCAAAAAGCUGAAGAAUGGCUCAAACGAAAAGGAGAGCGUUGACAUCCUCAAAGAACUCAAGAACUCUCUGAGACCCUCGGUGCAGAAAAGACGGGAGGAGCCUUCACACCUGCCGCUGCCACAAAGGUCGAGCCGUGACGACCUGAUGGCAGCAAUUCGUGGAAGCAGCAUCAGGUCCCUCAAAAGGGUGAGACUUCCUUCUGCGCCUGUCAGAGGAUGGAGGAAUUAUUUUCCUCCUGAGCAACAUAAUGUGGCCACUCAAAGCCAUUAGAGGCCUCACAGUGGAGUUGAAGCAGACUUGAACCUGGAUGCUGCUCUGGACUCUGAUCUUUGCCCUUCAGUUUUUGACUCACUAAACUACAAUUUCCACAUUGUCACUUUGUGUUAUGAUGAAUAUGACAUCACUGUAAAUAUCGUGAGGAAAUGAAAGCGUAUGUUUUAGUCACUCAGCAACAUUUUUUCUAUGUUUUAACAAUCUGGAUAGAAAUCCACAGUUUUGGGAUCUGUAGA